GGCCACGGUGUUUACUCCGCCCAUCAGCAGACGAUACGCCACUGAAUCAGGAGCACUGAUAACCUCUCAGCCCGUGAUCGGAAGGUAACCACUAUCACUCCGGUGUCGGGAGUUCAACAGAUCUAUCGGAAUUCAAAGACGCAAAUUGAUCAAACUCAUUCGGGGAGAGCUGUUCAUUUCAAAAUUAACCCAUUUUAAUUGCACCCAAAGCCAUAUAAAACAAAGGCCACCACGAGGAUAAGCAUUUUAAAAUUUACGGAACUCCAACUAGAGAAAUAGAGUGACAAGUCCAAACGCGAGGAGUUGUAUUUUGGAAACAAACCUCCACGAAAACUGUUGGCGCGCACGGAUUCUAAAUUGCUAUUUCCACGAUUUGGUUCAAAUCUAGCGGAGGCUUCAACCGUUCCCUCUAAAGAAGUGGUUUCCCCUGCAGUUGAAGAAUGGCGGCAAAACGGGACCGGCCAGUGACAGCGGCGGACACGAUGGCACAGAUGUUUAAGCUGACAUUAUUUCUUAUCUUAGCGGUCUCUGUCCUGCUGAGCGACGUCACCAGCAUAUCAACGCACGACGGCGGCAAGCUCGUGACUGUCAGGAGGGACAAGAGAAGCGUCCGAAAUCAGGUGAGUACCGUGCAUGGUGAUAAGUGGGUUCGUUGAGCGUCGUUGCGUUGUUUGUGAGCAGACGCAUCGGUCUCUCGUGAAUGUUGUUAACUUUGUCUGGUGGUGUGUUCGUCUGUUUGGGUUGUUAAUGAAUGAAUGAAUUGUUUGGUUUUUUUAAUUUUGCCCCUGUGCUUUUUCAUUUUUUGCUCUUUCUGCGGCGUGAUUUUACCAGUGUGUGUGUGUGUGUGAAGUGUGAAGUGGUGUUGAUGCGAAGUGGUGUUGAUGCGAAGUGGUGUUGAUAUGAACACACAUAACGUUGUUUUUUUUUCCCUCUUUUUUUAAUUUUAAAAGUUCGCAUUGUAAAAACAUUUUUUUCAAAAAUCUAAACUAAUGAAGUCACUUUUAUCAACAUUCAGCAUUGCUUCCAAUGUUAUCCUUUGUUUUAGUUUGAUAAGCAUCGUAUUUUCUUGCUGCAUUUGUUAUAAAAGAACAUAUACUUUUAACGGUUGAAAAUUGAGAAAAUUGUUCAGCUACCAAACCGACUGAUUGCAGCAGUAUAUAUAUUUUUUAAAAAGCCACAGUAGAGCGUCAAUUAUCCGAACAAAACGGGAAUGGAGUGUUUCGUGUAACCAAACACUGCCACGCAAAUGUUGCACUAGAGAAGUUAAUGCAACGAAAACAGCAUACCCGUACCUUUUAGUUACCCGGAGGGAACAAUUUGUUGGGAACCUUUGCUCACAACUCUUAGGAGCGGUGGGAGAAAGUUAAGCUCGUGACUACUCCCGGAGUGGAAGUAAAGCCGCCCCAUUCCAUGGAAAACGUACAGCUCCCGGGCGGUGGAGGUGGCAAUGCAACGUCAUCUCCGGAGAGGAAGUAAAGCUGUCCCAAACCCUAUUUACUCUGGGCCGAGUUGCAUGGCCGGAGUCCCCAGGGAAUACUGGGCUAUGUUUCACGGCCAAGGUCCUAAGAGAUUGAAUCUCGACCUUUUUGAGUAUUGAUCUUUAUUAGUUACAUACGCCUGGCGAUUUAUUGCUGCGUUUCUUAACUUUUGUUUUGUUUGGGUUGAGAACCACUGUAAAAUUUUAUUUAUCUCCUUACCUCCUCCCCUUUUUUUCCCUCCUUCUUUUUGCUGUUUUAAUAUAUAUAUACCUUUUAAGCUGCACCUUUGUAUAUACCCUGUAUAUACAGUCAUUUUUUUUAAAACUUUUGAGGCACUCACGAAAUAUGCCUCCUACCCCCACCCCCACCCUUUUUUCCCCCGGGAGCGACAUUUUGUCCAAUACGAACAUUCGAAAAUAACUCCUUCGUACAAAUCGUUUUCAAAGAAAUUUGUUCAAAUCUGUUUCUAGUCACGUGAAAUUAUGUCUGCAUAACUUGGUCAAUAAAGAUUUGCGUCAAUAAUCUACCUGAAAACAUUUAUAGCAUAAACAUCAGGCUAAAGCAGUGGUCGCCAAACUCUUACGAUGUUUGACUACCUUACUUAAUCCAGAUUUUCACUAGGCAGCCAAUGCCAAAUAUUUUUUUUUUUUAAAGUACAUUUCGAAAAAGUUUUUUUUUUUUUCAAACAAUUAAAAGUUUUAGGUAAAGAAGCUAAUAAAACAUGCAUUUCAAAAAUCAAGCAGAGCUAUCUGUUAGUCACUUGUAGAGACAUUUGCAGACAGUUAUAACUUAGUGAGUGUCUGGCUUGCACCAGGUCCGUGGAUGUCCUAUCACAUUGUUGCAAUCAACUGAAUAUGCAAAUAAGACUAUGAACAUUUUUUUUUUAAUUUAAAUAUUUCGUGACACCCCUGUGAACCUUGGUAACCAAUGACCUGAAGAAUGCGGUUGAAGUGUGGGGUCAGAGGCAGUGUCGGAUUAAGCCCUGUUGGUCGGGGGGGGGGAGGUCCUUAGGCCGAUGAUAUUCUGCCCCCCCCCCCCCCCAAGUUUCCCAAUUCAAGCACUACACUGUUACACCCGACUAUAAGUGUAAAUAAUAUUAAAAGAGAACACAGUUUAUUAAAGGCGCACUCGUCAAUUUUGAUUUAAAUUUAUGUAUUUUUUUAGUUCCUACAAUAAGGCACAUACAUACUGACCCCAUGGCCGGUCGAGAUAGUUUCCCCACUAAAAACUCUGCAGUUGUAAGAAAAUACAGCCCCCUAAUUAUGUAUAGGAAAAGGCGUAACCGGGGUGGCUCACCCCCCCCCCCGCCCGACCCUUUCUACGCACGUGCCUGUAGAAUUCUCAACGUCGUUAUAACUAUGUCAAGAUUUCUUGUGUAAAAUUUUUUUAAAAAUGCAUUCUUCUGAUUGCGACAUGUUUUUAUGAUAAUCUUUAAAGUGUGACAUGAAAUACAUGAAAUACAUGAAAUACAUGAAAUACAUGAAAUACAGAAUCUCCAACUCAAUGUCAACACGAAAGUUCUCUCAAAAUCUUUGGGCUGCUUUUUUUUUUAUCUUUUCAUUCCUGGAUUUUGUCAUCCUUUGGAAUUCAACGACUCCCCCCCCCCCCCCCCCCCCCCCCCCCCAACAAAAAAAAAAAAAAAAAUAAAAAAAAUAGAGAACGAACUUUUUUUUUAAUAAGCCCUCAGGGCUUCUCAUUUCCCGGGGGUUUUCCCGAUCCAGGGUUAACGCUCAUCGUCCUUAUCCCAGGACAGGAAACCCCGUUCACGUCAAAUUGGGUUACGAAGGGAUUUCUGUGGGGGUCGCCGCCUUAAAAACUAGAAAGGUGGUCAUUUUUGAAAUAGUUGUUCUUUUUCAUAAUUGGUGUCUUAAAGUUGUCAGUAACAAUUUCAAUCAUGACAUUAAAUAUGUCACCUAUUACAUGACAUUUAACAUGUCGCCACUUACAUUAUACUGGAAGAUUAAGUUUUCUAUUUUUUUUUAUAUAAUUUGCCAAGAAUGUACCCUUUUUAAGGUCCAGGAUUACAGCCCAGAAGGCUGACCAUAAUGACAUGUUCCUUCCUUGUUAGAUCAUAUCGCAGAUAUUUGUCCUCGUGAAUUGUCUCUGGCUCUUGAUUCACAUCUUCACCAAUGGCAUCCAAAGCCGUCUUAAUCCUUACGUAGCCAUGGGAUAAUGCCUUUGGCGAGUUAGUCUUUUUUUCCCAACUACAUCAUGUCAAUCACUAUUUUUAGAACUGGUACAUAAUCUUGAUGAUAUACUUUGUGCUCACCAAUAUCAAUACGAUAUAGCGAAACCGCAAGCCCAGCAAACACGUCACCGGUGGCUGGACUAUUAGUAGCACUGUCCUUGUUUCUAUCAGCAAAUACGUCACCGGUGGUUGGACUAUUAGUCGCACUGUCUUUGUUUCUAUCAGCAAAUACGUCACCGGUGGUUGGACUAUUAGUAGCACUGUCCUUGUUUCUAUCAGCAAAUACGUCACCGGUGGUUGGACUAUUAGUAGCACUGUCCUUGUUUCUAUCAGCAAAUACGUCACCGGUGGCUGGACUAUUAGUAGCACUGUCCUUGUUUCUAUCAGCAAAUACGUCACCGGUGGCCGGACUGUUAGUAGCAUUGUCUUUGUUUCUAUCAGCAAACACGUCACAGCUGGCCGGACUGUUAGUAGCACUCUCUUUGUUUCUAUCAGCAAACACGUCACCGGUGGCCGGACUAUUAGUAGCACUGUCUUUGUUUCUACUAGCCACCAUUGAUAGUUUUGAUCAUUAUCAUUGUUAUCAUGAGCAUCGGAGGGCUUCGUGCGCCCUCAUGGUCUCUAGGUCUGAGCCCCCCUCCCUUCCUCCCCCUUGGCGCUGCUGUGCCGCUGGCUACUCAUCCGUGUGUAUACCACAUUAUAAUGCAUGGCUUUAUCCUUCCUUCUCAGCCCAACAGCACAAUGCUCAGAGAGUUUCUGCCCACCAUCAACGGCAGCGAAGAGGAUCUUUUGCGCUACACCCCUACCACACCCCGGCUAGAGGAUGUCAACUGUCAUGUGGAUGUACCCGUGGUAAGACUCAACACACUUUAAGCCAGAAACUAAUUUACGAGAUGGACUGGGGGGUGUGGGGGGGGGGGAGGGGGUAUACGACUCCACACUAGAAGCAAGAGAAUUUUGAAUGACACCUUAUAAAGUAGGACAUACAGUAACGUAGGAAGGGGGGGGGGCUUUGGGGGAUGGUCCGCCCCUGGCGGUUUUUUUUUUUUUUUNGGGGUUGGGGGGGGGGGCUUUUCGGCGAAUGAGACAGAAUGUUAUUUGAAUAUCAAAAUAUGAGAUAUCGGAACUCAAAUAGGCGAAAUUCUUAGUGCUAUUGGACUUUUAUUCUGACCAAGUUAAAUUCAAAUAGUAUAUAUAUAUAUAUAUAUAUAUUUAAAGCGAAGUAGAAAAAAACAACAAAAAACAAGUCAUCAACUAGAGAAGGCCUCCACAACUCAAAAUGUAAGACGAGCCGUAAAACUUGUGCGGGUCGAAAGAAAAUGGGACAGGGGGGGGGAAAGCUAUUGAGAAAAUUUUUUUAUUUUUUUUCGUUACUUGCGAAGUAAAUUUAAAAAUGACACAUUGCAUCGUUUUUCGGUAACAAGUUUAUCGUAUUCAGAUGUAUUGGAAGUGGCUGUUCUCAAUAUAUCUUCCAAAUGAUCAUCACUCAGACAUGAGCGUUGCUUGCAUUUAGUGAUGUUCAUUAUUGAAAAUGUCUGUUCACAGAAUGUAUAAGUGAUUCCAAAUACACUGAAGUUUUUAGUGCAACUUCGUAAAGAUUUUUGUACUUAUUUAAAAAGACAUGUAAUGAAGAACGAUAAAUAUUUUGUAAUUUAAUUUGAUUUUUUUUUUUAAACAAUCAUUUCAAGUAUACGUGGGGAAAAGGGGGGGGGGGUGUUAAAAAAAUUAAUAAAAUGUUAUUGAUUAUUUAAAAAUGAAAUAAAUAUUUAUAUUAUUUUUCUUUAUAUAUAACGUUUCGUAAUAUAAAUCUAUAAAAUGGGGAUUAUUAUUUUUAGUUUAUAAUAUAAUGAAUUAUAACUAAAGUCUUUGCGGGCCACACAGUGAAUCUUGCUGGGCCGCGUGAGUCUCGCGGGCCGUAUGUUGUGCAGGCCUGAACUAGGGGAUAGACAUCAAAGAGGGAACUUUCUGAGAUAUUUUCUUUUGAUGAUGUGGGGUGACAUGAAAUAACAAGCUCUAUAUAGGCCUAUGCGACGGCUGGAAUAAUACAGGCCUAUAAGAAAACAAUUUUUUUUUUUAAAGUAUGCUUAAGGCCUCAUCGGCGCAAAUAAAGUCAAUUAAAUUGUAAUGGGAGUAAAAAAUUUUUUAAAAAAAAUGAUAAUUAUAAUUUCCAGAAGUGAGGGCCCAGGAUAACCAGCCCUUUAAUAUAAUUAAGCUUAAAUGCAACCAUUGUGAUGACUUACAUAUAAUUGUAAGUACAGUUCAUUAUUAAUCUAAAUCUAAGCCAAAUAAAUCUCUGUAAUAUUUAAAUUAUAAUUUCAAUGAUUUUAAAACAAACUAAAAAGUUUUAAAGUUUUAAAAUAGUUUGAAUGAUAGUUAAAAAAGAACAUUACUAAUAUAGACUAGUAACCAUUUAAAAUAUUUUUAUAAACGAAUAAUAGCAUUUAUCUGUUGCUUUUUUUAUUAUUAAGUGUCGAUUAAUGCCAAGCAAAGUUCAGACAUGCGCCAAAAUGAAUCCUUGUAAUUUAAAAGUAUCACCAUUUUCCCGGGGGAGAAAUGUGGACUCUAGACUAUUUAUUAACUUCAAACGCGUUUUACAGAUACUCUGUCACCAUGUCUUCAUUUAUCUUUAUUUAUGUAACGAAAACAUUAAUCCAUUGCCUAGAAGGUCUUAUGGGACGAAAUAGACAUUUCAGUGGGCCGUAGUUUCACACACAUGAUGUGACACAUGUUUAAAUUCUUUAUAUAAACUUCGCUUUUGUGUAUUUAGGGCAAAAACUUCGGACGGCUUAUUGACCCACUUCCCGUCAACCUAUCAGACUCGUUUCCGAUGACACAAUAUUCUCUCAAAUUUUCAGCCUCACCCCCCCCCCCUUUUUUUCAUUUUUCCAAAAAAAAAAUAAAAAAUUAAUAAAUCAGUUUGACCUGUUUUUCAAUUGGAAGAUGAAGGAAAUAUGAUGAUAUUUAGGGCAAAAACCUCGGACGGCUUAUUGACCCACUUCCCCUCAACCCAUCAGCCCCCUUUCCGAUGACACAAUAUUCUCUCAAAUUUUCAGCCUCACCCCCCCCCCCCUUUUUUUCAUUUUUCCAAAAAAAAAAUAAAAAAUUAAUAAAUCAGUUUGACCUGUUUUUCAAUUGGAAGAUGAAGGAAAUAUGAUGCCACUAAUUUCAUGAAAUAAAAUUCCCGCUAAGUGCGCUAAAUCACAAAUGAGAUUCUUUUUAAAAAAUCUAUCGCAAGUGCAUUUGGUGCGUAAUAUUUUCUUUUGUUUUUCUGAAAUAGUCGGUGAAAUAAAUCUGCGGUGUAAAAGCGGGUAGAAUAUUUAUAUGAUGUUUUAAAAAACAAAAAUUAAAAAUGCCUACAAAGGACCUAUCCGAACAACUAUUUUUUUAGGGAUUGUUUAAUUAGCAUGUUACUUUCCCUUACAUUACUUUGAUAUGAAAAGUAUUACAUAUUAAUAGCAUGUGUUGAAAUGGUUAUAAUAAAUGUUUAUAAAUGAAGGAUAAGAUAUGAUUUUCAAAGUCCCCUAUUGAAAGAUAUCGAAGUUGUACCCGUGGACCUAAUUGCCUAACGCUAUUGUCUCUUCUCGUAAUCGCAUAAAGUUAUUGUCUCUUCUCGUAAUCGCCUAACGUUAUUGUCUCUUCUCGUAAUCGCCUAACGUUAUUGACUCUUAUCGUAAUCGCAUAACGUUAUUGUCUCUUCUCCACGCCAAGACUCAGCGGAUUGGAGGAAAGUGUGUACCACUCGGCAAUCAGAUGGGGUGCCAGGCAGGCAUCUACCUCGCCUUCAGCUCGGACUGCAACUCGGAUGCGCCAACGGACGCCGCUGAAUCAAGUCACACAAACAUCCAACGCCCACCUCGAAUCCGAACCCAACCACCGCGACCAAGAAGACCACCACAACAGACGCCACGCAGCCCCCGUCGCAGGCCGGCCCAGUAACGGAUGGACUCUCUGGAAGAUUUGACCAAAGGCUGGAUGAUUUCGAAACGCUGUCUCCGUUCAGUGGCCCUUCAUGCUUACAGUUCAAACACGUUCUUCAAAGUUGACCGAUAUUUGUGUACAUACUAUUUACAUAUAUGGCCUCAACAUCGAAGUAAUUGGCAUGUGGAUUGUUUCUUUGUUGUUGUAAUUUUUUAAAAUC